UCUGCUAUUCCACGCAUAACAUCUAUUCGCUUAAUGUCUACUAAACCAGCUAUUCUCAACUGGGCCUCGAAAGAUGGCGAGUUCAAGAGACAGCAAUCUGUAUUCCGUAAUCACAUUGAGGCUGAUAAGAACGCGACUUUUGCAGCUGAAAAAGAUCGUUAUCACCUCUACGUGUCAUGGGCUUGUCCUUGGGCACACAGAACAGCAAUAGUUCGCAAACUCAAAGGCCUUGAAGAUAUCAUCAGCAUUUCUGCAGUACAUUACCUGUUAGGGGAGAAGGGGUGGAAAUUCGCAAGUGCUGAAGAGUGUCCAGGUGCUAUUCCAGACACAGUCAACAAUGCACAGUUUAUUCGCGAGAUUUACUUCAAGGCCAACCCAGACUAUGAAGGUCGCUUCACCGUACCUGUUCUGUGGGACAAGAAACAUAAUACUAUCGUCAACAAUGAAAGUUCAGAGAUUAUCAGAAUGUUCAAUACUGCCUUUAAUCACUUUUUGCCCGCUGAAAAGGCCAAGUUGAACUAUUAUCCUGAAGAACUCCAGAGUGAUAUUGAUAGUACCAAUGAAUGGGUUUAUGACACAGUUAACAACGGCGUGUAUAAGUCCGGAUUCGCUACUACCCAGACCGCAUAUGAGAACCAUGUAUUCCCUCUCUUCAAAUCUCUUGAUCGACUAGAGAAAAUCUUGUCUGAGAAUAAGUUUUUGGUAAAAAAUACCUUUACCGAAGCAGACAUUCGCCUGUGGACCACUAUAAUCAGAUUCGAUCCUGUCUACCAUGGGCACUUUAAGUGUAACAUCAAAUCUAUUCAGCACGACUACCCGCACAUUUUGGCGUGGGCCCGUCGCAUCUAUCAAAUGGAAGGAGUCUCUGACACAGUGAACAUGGUUCAUAUCAAACGUCAUUACUACAUGUCACACCUUCAGAUUAAUCCUACCGGGAUAGUUCCAGUCGGAAAUGGACCUGACCUUACAAUAGUUCCCUCAUAAAAGCAAAUAUAUACGCAUAUGUAUAUACAAACACACAAAACCAUUAAAAACUACAAUGAAAUAAAGCAUUUUUUGAUUUUUUUGACGGG